AUGUAUUUGCAGGGUUUGGAUGAUGCCUCUUGGUGUAGGUGCUUCCCAGCAACGUUGAAAGGGAUUGCUCAACAUUGGUUUGGUAACCUACCUGCCAGAUGCAUCAAUAACUUUAGAAUGUUGGCAUAUUGGUUCACAUCCAACAUCUCAAUGAACAUCCCUGCUAAAAAGACAAGCCUUGAUUUGGGUGCAAUACAGCAGGGGGACGAGGAAGGGCUCAUGUCAUAUGUUAGGCGGUUCAACCUGAUGAGAAUCCAAAUCCAGGGAUUGUCUGAUGAUGUCGCCUAUAUCGACUUCUUCAAAGGUCUAAAGGACGGGUCAACUUUUAAGCUUGACUUGGUCAGAAAGAGGGUCUCUACCCUUCAUGAGGCAUUAAUGAAGGCAGAGGCUUACAUACAGGCAAUGGAACUUUGCGCUGUUAAACUUCCAACGGAUUACAAAAGAUCCGAUAAAAGAUAA